AUAAUUGGCUCUCUCAGACUAGCUGGCUAAUGAAUUAUAAAAGCUCCCUUGGCCCAGCUUACCCUCCAGCAGCGCUUACAGAAUCAUGCCUCCGUGUCAUCGCAGCAUGUUUUGGGCGGGCUGGGGGCUGCAGUGAGGCAGAGUGCUGGCAUCCCAGGUGAAAGUGGACAGGAAGGGCUGUUUCAGGACCAAUACGAUAAAAACCCAGAAUGAAGCCCAGAUGCCUCCUUUCCACCGUGGACAGACUUCCAACCAUCAGUGAGCUGCGGGAGAGCGACUUAGACGAAGCAGACCCAGAAUGUUCCUCUCACACCAUGGAGGAGUACUUGGACUCAAUCAAAGAGCUCUCCCAGCCGGCCUGUUACCCGCUGCAUGGCCCCCUAAGAGGCCACCUCCGCUGGAGGGUUCGCCCGGGCCCCGCAGUCACGCCCAUGGCUGCUUCCUUAUUCCUGAACGCCUCCAGGAGCCAAGUGCUCUGGCUCCCCGUCGACCCCUCAGAUGUGUUCCUCACCUUAGCAGCUCCGCCCAGCUGUAAGCCGUCAGUGCGCGUGAAACAGAACCUGCUGGACACGCUGAUGUCCCCGUCCCUGUUUGCAGGCCUGGUGUGAAGUUAGAAGAAGAGCUGGAAUCCCCUGGAGAACAGAAACUAUCUACAUGUUCAAUGGAUUCUCUUUGAAGCUUGAAACAAAUGCAACACAUGAAACAAAAGAUGAAAAGAGGACAUGAAGAAGAGAGCAAACAGUUGCAGAGCACCAACUAAAUGGCUCCGCAGGGGUCCACAGCAGCCAGAGGGGCCCCCAAACAAACUAGGUUUAAUUAUUUAGAGAUACGCAGCAUGGUUUCUGGUUUCUGUUCAACCUAGCAGAGCGUUUCAGCUAAAAUCGAAGCCGUCUGCAGCUCAGUCCUGGUGUGACACACCUUGUAGUUCCAAACACUUGAUUUUCCCUUUUGAUUCUUUGCAAAAGAUAAACUAUGCUGGUUUUAGUUUCAUGGUGAAGAUGCAUUUUUUAUUUUGAUGAGUGUCAGAAAUUAGGACCAGAUCUCUACAAAAAAAGUUUGAGCCUCAGCAGUGUUCAUCACAAAGUCCCACAAUAAGCGAAACUGUUUUAUAAUAAUGUUUAUACUCUAACUACUGUUUAAACAAAAAAUAAAACAGAUGUUAUGUUAAUUUCAUGGCUUCUUUUGGAUAUUCUUUCAGGUGUU